AUGCUUUCUACGAAAACAUCCACAUCUUCUACCAACAAUCAUGAGCAGGAUCAACUACUGAAAAAAUCACAAAAAGUAUCAACCACUCAACGACCAAACAUGAAGUCAAGGAAAGGAAAGCACACUGGUCCAGUAAAGUCGUCAGGCAUGAAACCAAAACAAAUAGCUGUCCUCAACUCGACUUGGAACCUUCGAAAGUGGGAUAAACAUGUCUUUGAAAAACAGCAACUUCUCUUUGAUGGUGCUGUUGAUGUACAGACUUUUGAGGAUUCUUGCAAAUUUCUCACUCCAGAAAGCUAUCAGGAUGUCGUUGUUGAACGGGCAGCCGAUAAUCAAUGCGGCUAUCCAGCAUGCGACAUGAAACUAAAGUCGACUAAUACCAAAUCACAAUUUCGUAUUUCAGCAGUAGAUCGCAAAGUGUAUGAUGUAACAGAAAUACAUUCUUUUUGUUGCUCAGAAUGUUUUGCUGCUUCCAAGUAUCUAGCUACCCAACUAUCAUCAGAUCCAGUGUAUUUGCGUGAUGUGACCAAAUUGCCUGUUUUAGAUCUAGUACCUGCAAGAAAAAAACUUAGUGAACACUUUGAUCAAAAUACAGCUAAAUUGAACCUAGAUUUGACUAGCUCAAGUAAAGCUGCGGAAAGUUCCCAGGAAAAUGCAUUAGGAAAAUCGCAGCAUAACGCCAUUCAUAGCUAUAUUGACACUCUGAUUACAUCUAUGCCGACUUUGAAAUUAGACGAGUCGUAUUUGCCAAUCAUUGAGAAGCCUGUUGCUUUAUCAAGUUUAGACCAAUCAGCCACGGCUGGAUUCGCUUUUGAUGGGUCAAUCAGCGCUAUGGAUACUGAUGUAUCAACACAUUCCAAUUCUGCAUUUGAUCUCAUUGAGGGGUAUCGAGCACAAUCUAUACCUUUCAGUAAGUCGGGAUCAUUGGCUCGGCUAUCGUCAUCAACCGCGAAAUCUUCUUGGAUAUCAUCAUUACCAAAAAUGGCUGGUCCAUCAAUGGUUUUAGAUACUGUUCAAAAUACUUCAAAUACUAUUGUUGAUUCUUCACAAAUAUGUUCUCAAGUCCAGCCAGAUGAUAUAUCCAUGUCAGAAAAUCAUAUUGACUCGAUAACUACUGCAACAGUUCAACAGCCUGAUAAACAUCAACCAGUGAAACCACCGUGUGUUAAAAAGACAUUGCAGUAUCUACGGUUUUCAGAUCCAAUUGAAGCUCCGGAAUUCAUAAAGUCGACACCCACCAUUCCAGUCGUUGCAUUCACUGAAUCAAAAGAUGAGAUUUUACCGCUAGCUAUGCCCAAAUCAAUACUAAAACAGACUAUGAAGCCCUCUAUUGAUCCAAUCAUUCCACUCCCAAAUAGAGACACGCCUGGCCAAACUAACUUGAAAGCUCCAAUAGAAACAAUGGUGGUUGAAAAUGCUUUGGUGAGCAACUCAAAAGACGUACUGGAUUAUUGCGACGCUAAAGAGAGUGACGAUGAAGAUAUACACUCAAAAACAAGUACGGAUACUGCAGAUUAUGGCUGGUUCAAACCCUCGACUCAAAAAGCAAAACCGCUACUUUCACUUUUUGCACGUAUAUGGAUGAUACUGGAUCGCAUAGUGACUUGCAAGACAUUAAAUUUGUUGGUGGAAUACACUAAAGGAACAAAACACGUUGAGCGCAGUAGCCUUGUUGGUCUAGGAAAUCAAGAGUUUUUGAAAAGAAAAGAAUUCUUUUUUGAAAAGAUGAUUAAAACGUGGAAGCUUAUUCGUCAAAGACAUGGCAUUGAUCUUAAUUUCGAGUAUGAACUUUUAUGUAUCGUUGAUACACUGAAUCUGAACGAAAGCAUGACAGCCUUGUCGGCAAUUGAGGAAUGGGUGCUUUGCUCGGUAUUUAUACGAUCGGUUUGCGACUCUCUUGUAGAAAGCAAUCAAACUCCUGACAAUAUUAACUGGACCGAAAUAUUGGAGCCAGCUGGAAUGGGAAACGAUGAAUUGUCUGCACUUGUACGUGGUACGUCAAUGGUAAAACCACAACCCAGCAUCAACAACACAGUCUUUGUAUCUCAGUAA